AUGAGCAAUGUAUCGUAUUCUGCGCCUCCUGGGAUACGCUACGUUCAAUAUGAAAGUUCAAAGGAGGCAGAAUAUGUCCCAAAAAUCCGCCAGUUGAUCUCCAAAGACCUUUCGGAGCCUUAUAGCAUUUAUGUCUACCGCUAUUUUCUGUAUCAAUGGGGGAAUCUCUGCUUCAUGGCAAUGGAUGAUGAAGACAAUCUCGCGGGCGUCGUGGUUUCAAAGCUUGAGCCCCACCGAGGUGGCCCUCUCCGGGGUUACAUCGCAAUGUUGGCAACCAAGGACAGCUAUAGAGGGAAGGGUAUCGCUACGGCGUUAGUGAGGAUGGCACUCGAUGCAAUGAUCGCAAGAAACGCGGACGAAGUUGCUCUGGAAACAGAAGAGACCAACAGCGCUGCCAUGAAGCUCUACGAAAGAUUGGGCUUCCUUAGGAGUAAGAAGCUUCAUCGUUAUUACUUGAACGGCAACAGUGCAUAUCGCCUAGUAUUGUACCUGAAAGAGGGUGUUGGCAUGAUUCCGACGUAUGACCCUUACGCUGAUCUUCCACCAUCCGCGGAGCCCCUUGUAGAUAUCGAAAAGAAUAAGCCGAAUCAGUAA